GGUCCCCCACCUGCGCCCGCUUCCUCCCGCCGCAGCCCGUCGCCCGCGGCCUCGGGCGAAGUUUGGCCGCAGCUCCCGAACGUCCCGAGGUCCCUCCGGAGCGGCAGCGGCGGGACCAUGGAGAAGGGCCCGGUGCGAGCGCCGGCGAAGCCGCGGGACUCGGGGUGCAGCAAUGGGUGCCUGGAGGGGGAGCCGCGGCGCGGGCCGCCCAGCCGGCCGGCCGACAAGGCGCCGCGUCCGGAGACCAAGAGCGCCCAGCCGACGGACGGCUGGAAGGGCGACCGGCCCCGCAGCGAGGAGGAUAACGAGCUGAACCUCCCCAACCUGGCCGCCGCCUACUCGUCCAUCCUGAGCUCGCUGGGCGAAGACCCCCAGCGGCAGGGGCUGCUCAAGACGCCGUGGAGGGCGGCCACGGCCAUGCAGUUCUUCACCAAGGGCUACCAGGAGACCAUCUCAGAUGUUCUAAACGAUGCUAUAUUCGAUGAAGAUCACGAUGAGAUGGUGAUUGUGAAGGACAUAGAUAUGUUUUCCAUGUGUGAACAUCAUCUAGUUCCAUUUAUUGGAAAGGUCCACAUCGGUUACCUUCCCAACAAGCAAGUCCUUGGCCUCAGCAAACUUGCGAGGAUUGUAGAAAUCUAUAGUAGAAGAUUGCAAGUUCAAGAGCGCCUUACCAAACAGAUUGCCGUAGCAAUCACAGAAGCCUUGCGACCUGCUGGAGUCGGGGUCGUGGUUGAAGCAACACACAUGUGUAUGGUAAUGCGAGGGGUACAGAAAAUGAACAGCAAGACUGUGACCAGCACGAUGUUGGGUGUGUUCCGGGAAGAUCCGAAGACGCGGGAGGAGUUCCUCACGCUCAUCAGGAGCUGAACUUUCAGUGGACGCCGUGUGCUCUGCAGAUCAUGCCUCUAGCCGCAUUGGUUGUCUGGUCUUAAUUGUUUGUACAAUUCCCUUCUCAAUUGUGGAACUUACUCCUUGUCAGUAAUUGUGUUUAGUAAUUAUUUAUUGCGAGUCAAAUAAAGUUAAUUUUAAUAUAGGGGUGGGCCCGCUGCUUUGUUCCUGCCGCUGCUUAGUGGCAGCAUUCACGCACACUGCCAGUAGCGUUAAGUUAUCACUGCCGUUCGAUACCUGAGGAUGCUGGGGAGGAAGAACUCAUGUAUUUUGUUCAAAUAGUCUGGUGAUUUGGUUCAUAAGCGUAGGAGUGUUGGGAAUGGGAGAAAACUAUGGCCAAUAUACUGCUUUUUCCAUUCCCCAAACAGAAGUGGUGUAGUGCUUAAAAUAAGUUAUUGUACAGCUCUGCAAAUUCAAAGUCCACCAGGCUCCACUUUAACCAUGUUUAUUAAACCGCCAGUAACACUUUAUUUUUUAUAUAUUUAUUUUUGACUGUCUAGAUGUAAUGUUAGUCACCCAGGCAAGGUGGUGAAUUACCUAUGUUUUUUUAUUUUACUGUGAGUUAAAAAGGAACAUUUCUACCUUCUGUUCUUUUAAAAUUCAUGUAUCGGGAAUUAGUUCCUGGAGUUGUUUACGAGUGUGUUCUCAUGUCAACAUACAGGGAUUUAGACAUUUAACUCUCUGUGCCUUGAUGAGAAUAUCACACCAUUUGGAGUGUAGAUACCUUUGCCUUUAUUUAAAAGCCAUUAUUUUAUGAGAUUUAGUACUGACACUGCAAAUAACUAGUCCUCUACACUCUGCCUUUUGAAGUUUCUUGGGAGCUUACUUUGUGUGUUUCUUGCAGAUCCCUCAAAACGUUUCGUUAUCUUCUCAAUAGUAUUCCAUGAAGUUUUGAGUGUUCAUCACUUUCAGGUCCACAGAAGCACAGCUUCCGUGAACAUGAAAGAGUGCAGAAUGAACUAAUUGUGGACGGCAUCGUGAGCUGCGUCCAGUGUCUAAUGACCUCUGUAGUGGUGGUGUCUGUGAAAAUGCACCGUAAUCUUCUGGCAUCCCUGGAAAAUGCUGGAAGCCCCAUUCUGGUUUCCCUUGUGGUCCAUGAAGGUCUUGUCUUCAGUGUAACUGUUCAAGUGGUCCAGGUCUUUUAGUCCAGGAAGCUGUGGCCUUAUUGAUGAUUAUCUUAAAGUCUCCUCUACUGGGGCAGUGUUGGGCCAAAACAAUAAAAUAACCCAACUCCCCUGCUAAAACACAAACACAAUUAAUUAUUCUUGAAGAAGCCUCUUAUUUGGCUGACGCAGUGCUCCCAUUACCUUAAGAAGAAUUAACCACAGUGAUCGCUUUAACUUUGGUAGUCCUAGCUCUCCCACUGUGAUGCACUUUGUUUGGCUUCUGAUGAGACAAAAUGGAAGAGAUUUUUAAAAAAUUCCCACUUCCAUUUCCUAUAAUCUUCUAUACUUGGAGUUUCUAAAGUACAGUGGUGGUUGAUUUUUAUUUCCUUUAAAAAUUGAAGCUAAUAAAAACAUUAUCCUGUUUAAUAUUUAGAUAUUUAGAAGUAGAAUUAAGUAAUCAAACUCAUGUUUGGUAUUUUAAAGUAAAAUCAGGUGUGGCUUGGAGGACCAAAGAAAUUGUUAGCUAUAAAUUUAUCUUCCUGAGAUCCAUUGUAUUCCUCUGUAAAUGACUCUUUGCUCUAAUGUCCCCUAGAAGUGUUCUCAUUAAGGUCUAAUGUAUCCACAGGCUGCCAUCUUAUUGGUAAAUGCAAAGUAAUUACCUUGUUUUACUCUGGUCUGUAGUGCUUUAAAAUUACCUUUUCAUAUCCAUGACUUUGAGUCCAUUUUGGGGACUUUUAACACUGUUCAAUGAAAUUGUCUGAAUUUUAUGUAUGUGUGUGUAUAUUCCUGAAGUUAAUUCUAUUUAAAUUAUUAAAGUGUUAUA